CGCCAAACCGCGCAAACCCUAACUUCGUUCACUCUCAUCAGGCCCCUCCAUUUGAAAUCAACUCCCCCCCACCCCUACUCCGCCUCCCUCCCCGCCUCCGGCGAGAGACCCGAAAUGGAUCUCUCCGCCACCCCGUCCAGAUCCAAAUCCAAGCCCAGAUCCUCGCCAGCGAAGCCCGUCGCUGCCUCCGCCGAGGCCCAGAUGGACCUCUGCACCCCGUCCAAGCCCACGCCCGGAAGGAAGCGCAAAUCGGCGACCUCGCCGCCGCCGGUGUCUCCGGCGACCCCAUCCACCGUCCGCCGCUCCCGCCGCCUUCUCGAUACUCCCACCAAGGCCGCCCCGGAAGUGCCGGUGAUGGCUACGCCGACCCCUACCUCCAAGGGCAAGCGGGCCGCACCGUCGCCCAAAACCCCUGCCCAGCGUGAGCCCAAGCGGCAGAGGCGUCAGCAGAAGAAGAGGGCGUACUACCGGAAGGUGGUGUACGACGGCGGGGAGUUCGACGUCGGGGAUGACGUGUACGUGAAGCGGCGGGAGGCGGCGGAGUCGGACGCGGAGGAUCCCGAGAACGAGGAGUGCCGCGUGUGCUUCCGCGCCGGCGGCGGGGUGAUGGUGGAGUGCGACGUGUGCCUUGGUGGGUUCCACCUGCGGUGCGUGCGCCCGCCGCUUCGGCGGGUGCCGGAGGGGGACUGGGCGUGCCCGUACUGCGAUGCGGAGCGCGCCGGGAAGGCGGUCGAGCGGCCUAAGCCGCCUGAGGGGAAGCGCAUUGUCAGGACCGCCAAGGAGAAACUGCUAUCCAGCGAUUUGUGGGCUGCACGCAUCGAGAGUUUAUGGAGGGAGCCAGAUGGCACGUUCUGGGCAAAGGUAAGGUGGUACAUUAUCCCUGAAGAGACUGCAGCAGGAAGGCAGCCACAUAAUUUAUGGAGAGAGCUAUAUCAUACCAAUGAUUUUGCAGAUAUUGAGAUGGAAACAAUCCUUAGACAUUGUUACGUAAUGAGCCCCAAAGAUUUCAGGGGUGCUAAUAAUGAAGGAGAUGAUAUAUUCUAUUGUGAAUAUGAGUAUGAUAUACAUUGGCAUAAUUUUAAGCGUUUGGCGGAUAUUGAUGAUGAACCUGAGACAAAGGAAGACCCGAGUGACGAGCCUUACAAUGCCGGUAAUGAUUAUAACAGUGAGACUGAUGAAGACUCCUCAGAAUAUGAUGAGGAGGAUGAACCAACAUCAUGUAGCUCUGCCAGAAGGAAUCAAUCGCAUGAAUUGGCGGCGAAUUCAAGGAAAGGGAGGAUAUAUGGCCUGCAAAAAAUAGGGAUACGGAAAAUUCCUGAGCAUGUUCGGCGCCACCAAAAGACUGAGCUGGAGAAGGCGAAAGCAACCCUGUUAUUGGCAACUCUUCCUAAGUCAUUGCCUUGCAGGGAUAAGGAAAUGGAGGAGAUAUCUACAUUUGUGAAGGAUGCAAUUUGCAAGGACCAAUGUCUCGGACAGUGCCUUUACAUCCAUGGUGUACCUGGUACUGGCAAGACUAUGAGUGUACUUGCAGUUAUGAGGAAGCUGAGAUCUGAAUAUGAUUCUGGAUCUCUGAGGCCGUAUUGUUUUAUAGAAAUUAAUGGUCUUAAAUUAGCUUCUCCAGAGAAUAUCUACAAGGUUAUAUAUGAACAGUUGAGUGGGAAUAGGGUUGGGUGGAAAAAGGCUCUUCAUUAUUUAACAGAGCACUUUUCAGGUGGCGCUAAAAUUGGAAAGCAAGCAAACCGGCCAAUUGUUUUGCUCAUCGAUGAGCUUGAUCUUCUUUUGACAAGAAACCAAUCAGUGCUGUAUAACAUUCUUGAUUGGCCUACCAAACCAAAUUCAAACCUAGUUGUUAUAGGUAUAGCAAACACAAUGGAUCUUCCAGAAAAGUUAUUGCCUCGUAUAUCAAGUCGGAUGGGUAUCCAACGACUGUGUUUUGGCCCAUACAACUAUCGGCAACUGCAGGAAAUUAUAACAAGCCGUCUAAAGGGUAUUGAUGCCUUUGAAGAACAGGCUAUUGAAUUUGCUUCCAGAAAGGUAGCUGCUAUGUCAGGUGAUGCUAGGCGUGCCUUAGAAAUUUGUAGACGGGCAGCGGAGUUCGCAGACUACCGUAUCAAACAGUCUCAACAGUCUGGACAGACUUCCUUUUCUGCAAAUAAAGGAGAUGGUGUUGUUUGCAUGGGUGAUAUUGAAGCUGCUAUUCAGGAAGUCUUUCAGGCACCACAUAUUCAAGUGAUGAAGAAUUGCCCGAAGUUUGGAAAAGUUAUAUUGGUUGCUAUGGUUCAUGAAUUGUACAGAAGUGGACUAGGUGAAGUAAUGUUUGAUAAGCUAGCAACGACUGUUCUCUCCUGGUGCCACGCCAAUAGAGAACUAUUGCCUGGAUACGAUACUCUCCUGAAAAUCUGCUGCAAGCUUGGUGAAAGCAAGAUCAUCCUCUGUGAAGAAGGUAGUAAGCACAAGUUGCAGAAGCUGCAGCUAAAUUAUCCCAGUGACGAUGUAACCUUUGCCCUCAAGGAAUCCCCAGAUCUUCCUUGGCUGUCCAAGUACUUGUGAAGCUCGUAUUGCUGUAAUCUUAUUUCCCGGCAUCGUGUUGCAUUUCUGUUCUCUCGGGGAGCAGCAACACUUACCACUUCGUCCGCAAACCUUGGAAUUAUACAGAUCCAUUGAUGAUCUCAUGCAUAUUUUAGCCUCUGAUCUGCCAAUGAACUGGCGAAGGAUGUUGCUGCACCGAGAGCAUCUCAUGCAAUUCCGUAGCACGCACCUGGAUUGUAACUUGUAAGAAUGUGAAGAAACUUGUACGUCUGGAUUUUCACCGCAUUUGAAGUAUGUUGUUUUAUGGCAUUGAACGUCUGGAUUUUUGCCGCAUUUGAAGUAUGUUGUUUUAUGGCCUUGAAUCUCCUCGCGCUGAUCCAACUGAUUUGGAGCUCCACCAUUUGAAACUAUGAACUGUGUAUUGUGAGAUUGUUUUAGGCUAAAAGCAUUGAGAAAUCAGAGAUGUACUCUUUUGCCGGUUCGGAUGAGACGGCUAUGGAAA